AGAAAUCUUUUAUUUAUGUUUCCCAGUUUUUGAACUAAAUACUCAAUUUCCAAAAGUCUUGCAUAUGGCUUUUUGGCCCAUGCAACUGCAACUUGCCAAGUUGGGCCGCUUGGCAAUUGGCUCCUCACUGCGAACCCGAUUUCAUCUCAUUUCGGCAAACAUCGCAAAAUCAAAACAAAUAAUACAACAAACACAACGCAACGAAUUCUGUCAUUGCAGCAACAACAAGGACAGGGGCAUGCUGAAAUACUUAAAUCAAAGUGAGGCCAUUAAUGUGGACCUGGAGCUCUUCAAUGAGUACAAGUUCAGUGUGGAUCAGCUAAUGGAACUAGCCGGUCUCAGCUGUGCUCACGCCGUGGCCAAAUGCUUUCCGGCGAAGGACUUUGCCCGUGUACUUGUCUGCUGCGGACCAGGCAAUAAUGGUGGCGACGGCCUGGUCUGUGCUCGCCAUCUGGCAUUAAUGGGCUACACACCCGCCAUAUAUUAUCCAAAGCCAACGCCAAAGCCGCUUUACGAGAAUCUGUCACAUCAGUGCCAGCGCAUGGAGAUUUGCAGCAUAACCGAAUGUCCUCGCCUGGAGGAAGCUGCCGAUCGUUAUGAUUUAAUCGUGGAUGCACUAUUCGGCUUUAGCUUCAAGCCGCCGGUGCGCGCCGACUUUGUGUCGGUGGUGGAGCUGCUGCAGCAAACAAAGCUGCCCAUAGCCAGUGUGGACAUACCCAGUGGCUGGGAUGUGGAGCAGGGCAAGCUGAACGAUUGUGACCUAGAGCCAACGCUGCUCAUCUCACUGACGGCGCCCAAGCUGUGUGCUAAACACUUUAAGGGCAAGCAUCACUUUUUAGGCGGACGCUUUGUGCCGCCAGCUCUGCAGCGCAAGUACGAGCUGAAUCUGCCUGCCUAUCCGGGUAACGAGUUGUGCCUCGAGCUGUGAAUAUUUUCUAAACGGAUCUGAUCCAUUUAAAUUAAAGGCCAUGUAAAAAAAAAAAAAAAACAUA